UAGUGAGGUACUUAAUCGAAUAAAACCGAUAAUUUCUCAUGAACUCAAUAUUUUCGGGAAAAUUCAGUAAGUUUUCGUUCAAUACUGUAUAGACACUUAUAAAUAAAUAGUCUUUAAAGUAUGUUAUAUUAAAAUAUGUCACUGAUAUCUAAUAACCAAAAUUAAAGAUUGAACGCAGCAUUAGAAGCAACAGGUUUCAAAAAUUAUUGAUUUUUUGGCAAAAGGUUAGCUUGUGUACACUCGCCGACAAGAUGUACCGAAUAUCUGUGUUACUUGGAUGGUACUUAUUUAUAGGAUUUUAUGGGAUUUGUAAAAGUGUUGCUGAACAAACUCCAGUGACUUUUACAUUUAAAGAAUAUCAGUAUAAAGAUUCCCCUAAAAACGAAAUGACAUUUCGGGAGUUCGAAACCGCUUGUGAACAGAGCAGUGCCUGUAGCCACAUGACCGGCCUUGCUCGAACACGUUGCGUGAGGGAGUGUGUCUCCCCUUCGUGUUACAGGGAACUUUAUCAAAUAGAUCCGCUUGAAGAUGGUGAAAUAGACGUGCGAUUGAACUCUUUCAAAGGUUGCUUCAUUCAAAGAAGUGGCAGAACUAGAAACUGAUUUAAUCAUAGCGUCGUCUCUUCUUUAAUCUUGAUCUCUAAUAAAAUUAGAAAGAUACGUAACAAGAUACGAUUUCUAUUAACACUCAUCUAUGGCUUUAUCACUCAGAGGAAAACUUUCAUAAAUUACGUAGCAGAACACAUAAUGUAAGCAAUAAAAUAUUUCGAAUUUAGCCCCAAAAUAAUUUGCUUGAACUUUCAUGAAGAAAAAAGAAAGGUUGUCAACAAUGUUCUUCGUAUGAAUUAUGGAACUAUAUAUAAUGUAUUGUGUUUUAAUGACGAAUGACGACGAGUAUUAAGAGGCACUUUUUGAAUAAUUGUAGAUCAUGUUUUUUUUAUAACUAUAAUAAAAGAAACACUUCUUUUA